ACAAGGAGGACGCCACUUAUGCGUAUUGUCAAUCAUUGCUCGGCAUUGUGUUAUGUUAUUUUGUAAAUUUUGCCAAAAAAACUUGUUUAAUUCCUCGUGAAAUUACCAAAAGGUACCCAAAACUCCUCUAUAAGUGCAUGGUGAAUCGGGAAGAAGUGAAAUCGGCGUGAAAAAAGAACAAAAUUAACCUUUUUCCGGUGUGUUUGUUUUGCAUUGAAGUUUUUUUUUGCUUUGGAGAAAGAGACGCAUCAGGUAUUUUUGGGCAGAAAGACCGGAAAUACACGGAAUUGUGCCCCCAAAGAGACUUCCCGUGGGUGGCAGUGAGUGCAUCUUUAUGGUGUCAUAGUGGUGGAGCGCGUGAAUUUCCGCAGAAAGACAGGAAAACAAUGGAAAUUUGCACAGAAAGUAGUGGUGUUGACACGUCUCCGGACAUGAAUUCCAGUGCAGACAUCAGUCCGGACAGGAUGCCACCACAGCCGCGGAAGCUCUUCUUCGGUAGUUCACCGGAAUCCGGGAAUAUUCUCGCGGAUAUUUCGCAAUCAAACAUUAUUUUGAGUCCCAAGAAGAAUGUCUCCAUGUCACCACCUUAUCGCAAAGUUCGAGCUCUAAGACUCUUUGAUUCCCCAGCAACCCCCAAGACAAUCCUGAAGAAGCUCACGGUGAGUGAGGUGAGACAUGGUGCGGGGAAAGAUGGGAAUACGUCGCAGAGUGAGGCGGAAUUUAUGGAUGUUCUGGCGAGACCGAUUGAUCAUUCCUCAACGCCACUGCCGGCGAGUGAGCACUUCAAGGCACGCAUGCUCCCCCUGCACGUGCACAAUCUCACCCUGGAGCAGAAGCGCCCCAGUGCAAAUGUGAAUCCCUUCACGCCAGACGGGAUGAUGAUGAAGACGAAGAAGCGAACGCGGUGGGAGCUGUCGGAGAUGCACAAUCACUCCCUCCCGGCGCACAUGAUGGGCUCCGGGUGUCACGAUGGGCGCUUCUCGGACGAUGAGGGAUGUGAGGUGCGUCAGGCACCGAAGAGACUCGCUCUGCAGGACACAAACAUCAGUCGGUAUGAGCGGGAAUUUGUGCAGCUUUCGCUGAUUGGGGCCGGGGAGUUUGGGCAUGUCUUCAAGUGUCUCAAUCGACUUGAUGGGUGCAUUUAUGCCAUAAAGAAGAGCAAGAAGCCAAUUGCUGGGAGUGCCUGCGAACGAAUCGCUUUGAACGAAGUUUGGGCCCAUGCUGUGCUGGGGAAACACGAUAAUGUUGUGCGAUAUUAUUCAGCUUGGGCUGAAAAUAAUCACAUGCUUAUCCAGAAUGAGUAUUGCAACGGUGGGAGCCUCCAAUCCCUCCUUCAAAUGCGCCAUCUCAAUGAAACUGAGCUCAGAAUACUCCUCAUUCACAUUACAGAAGGAUUGAGAUACAUCCAUUCGAAUGAUUUGGUUCACAUGGAUCUCAAGGCAGGAAAUAUAUUUUUGACGAAAGUUCCUCAAAGGUUAACGGCAGUCGAGAAUCCCGACGAUGGCUUUGAGGAGAUCUUCGACGAUACGGAACGUGAUGUGAUAACGUACAAGAUUGGUGAUUUGGGCCAUGUGACGUCUGUGUUGGAUCCCCAAGUGGAGGAAGGUGAUUGUCGGUACCUCCCCGCGGAGAUACUUCGUGAUGAUUUCUCACAUCUAGCCAAGGCGGAUAUCUUUUCAUUGGGGAUUACGCUUUAUGAAGCCGGUGGGGGUGGUCCACUGCCGAAGAAUGGGCCCGAAUGGCAUCGACUCCGCGAUGGGAAUAUUCCGCAACUUCCGGGGCUAAGCAGUGAAUUCAAUAAUCUCAUUAAAUUGAUGACGCAUCCAGAUCCAAAGCAGAGACCUUCACCCAAUUCCAUCUUCAAUCAUCCGUUACUCUGCUUGACGGAUACGAAAUCCAAGGCACAGCUAUCAAUGGAAUUGUCCAUGGAGCGGCAGAAGAAUGAGCUUCUCAUGAAGGAACUCAAGGAGACGAAGAGAAUUCUCAAAUCUUAUGAAAUCUCCAAGACUCCGAAUUCAAUUGCCGUUCUCCCAGUAACAAAGCGUACGAAGAAUAAUAAUGCUUCGCCAUUCAAAUGUGAUAGACAAUUGCGGUCUUACUCGAAGAAUAAGAGGUCAUCAAGUAGUGUGAGGAAGAGUGCACGGAAUUUCCGCGAUCGAAAUAAGAAUAUUAUUGAUUUUUAGAAAGAAGAAGUUGUUGCAAAAAAAACAAAAGGAAAGAAGUUGUGAAGACGACAAGAAAGGAAGGAAAAAAGGACACGCUGUGAAACAAGAGAGGAUGAUUUAUUAUUUGUAUGUAAAUGUAAUAUUUUAUUUGCGCCAAAAGGAUCCUCAAUUUGAGUUUUUUUUUUACAUUCAUUGCAAAUUGCUUUUGGUUUUAAUUUUUUUUUUAAAAAGGAAAACAUUAAUGAAUUUUUUUUUUGUUAAAUUGCGCAAAAGAAUUAAUUGGAAAGGGAAAUGCCAGAAGAUUCUUGGCGCAAUGAAAAGAAUUUAAUCCAAAUUAUUUUUUUGCUUAAACAAAACGUGAGUUUGUAGCCAAAAAAGAAAUCAACCAAUUUUAUUAAUAUUUCUCUCAAGAAUUUCUCCAUCUUUCCAAUGAAAAAAUAAAAAAAACUUGUAAACUGUCUUUAAUGAGAAUAAAAUAGAAAAGAAGAAAAAUAAUUUUUUAUAAAAUUAUAGAAAACUUCCUAAAGAAAAAAGCUUAAAUAGUGCCUCAAAGAAAAAUCUCAGAAAACAAAUCAAUUUUUAAAGAAAAAAAAGUUAAAUCUCCAAAAAAAAAACAUUUUUAUUAAUUUGCUUUUAUGCUAUAAUAAUUCUUUUUUUAUCCUAGAAUCCUAGAAAAAGAAAUCAAAGUUCGUUCUCUUCUUUUUUUUAAGUUUGAAAUUAUUAUUAUUUUUUGCUUCUCUACCACACUGUAAAAAAAAAAGAAGAAAAAAAUCUCUAAAAAUCCUAUAUUUUUUUCUUCAAAUUAAAAGAAAAUUGUGGUACGACUAAUGCACCAAUUUUUAUGAAAGAAAAAAAAAGAAAUAUUUUGUGAUGGCGAUAAGAAUUUUUUGUAAAAUAUUUUUAAGAUUUAUUUUAGGGACUUUUAGUCAGCUUUUUUUUUUUUAAAUAUAACAGAGAAUGUUUAACAGAUCGAAUUUGCAUUUAAGGAAAUGGUCAGAUCCGUAGUUUUUUAGGGAAUGUGUUGUGCCUCAAGCAAGAAAAGAAAAUGAAUGAGAAAAUUAAAUGUUAAAUCUCGUGACUAAAAUAUUUUAUAUAUACCUCUAAUUUGAACUACUAAUGUAAUGUAAAAUAAAAUAAAAAUGUGGUCAAAUGGA